AUGUUCUUGGAUACUAUUGAUGGCAUACAAAUCCAUCUUCUAUUGAGGUUUUGUCUCAACUGGGGUUCUUGUGGUGGUACCGAUAGUGCCAAUGGAAGUAAACUGAGAGAGGGGCAUAGGGGCAGGAUGGCAACAGGGUGGUAUGCUUGGGGUGGUAUUUCUUGGGUAGAUGAUUAUGAGAUCAAAGAACAG